UCGUUCCCCACUCCGAACAGCUGCUGUCGCGAUGGCGAGGAAGCUUAGAGCGGCUGCACAGGCAGCACAACAGUCGCUGAGAAAUGCUCCUCCUCCGCUCCCCGAUGCCUCCGAUGAGGAAAUGGCUGAAGCGCCCCCGUCGCGCGGGUCUUCUCCCGCCAUAGAAGAUCCAGGUGAUGCGUCCGAUAAGGAUCCCGAUGUUGUCCCCGAACCCGACCCGCCACAGGAAGACGAGCCUGCCGCAGUCACCAAUCCUCCAUCGCGCGGCGAUACCCCAACCCGUGGCCGUGUGUCCGCCAUCCCGCGAAAACGACGUAUCGGCCGUCCUCCGAAGAACCGCCCCCCAGACUGGGAUCUGCCUGACGACGGUACGGCGCCGCCGCCGAUUCAUGUAAGCACGCCCGUGAAGAGGAGACGCGGUCGCCCUGCAGCUAGUGGCGGACGAUGGGCUCGGAAUCGGGGACCGUCGCAUGUAACUCAGGUGCCAAUUGAUAAGGAGGGGAAUAUGAUGGACGUCAUUGAUGAUGAAGUGGCCCUGCCAGAUGACCCUGAGGGUGAGACCAAAGUCGACAAGAACGGCGUUUUGAAGGGCGACCGAGAGUAUCGAGUUCGUACGUUCACGAUUCUUAAUCGUGGUGAGAAGCAUUACAUGUUGUCGACAGAGCCAGCCCGAUGUAUCGGGUUCAGGGACUCCUACCUGUUUUUUCAGAAACACAAGCUCCUUUACAAGAUUAUCAUUGAUGACGACGCUAAGCGUGAUCUUAUUGAAAGAGAGAUCAUCCCUCAUUCGUAUAAGGGUCGAGCCAUUGGUGUGGUAACCGCUCGGUCCGUGUUUAGGGAAUUUGGCGCCAAAAUCAUCGUUGGUGGCAGGAAGGUUGUUGAUGACUACAACGUCAAGGCAGCCAGGGAACGGGGGGAUGUGGAAGGUGAACUCGCAGUGCCGGAGGAUAAGCUCCCCCCUCCGGGAGAGCCAUAUAACAAGAAUCAGUAUGUGGCGUGGCACGGAGCUAGUAGCGUCUAUCACACGCAGGCACCAUCGGUUCCUCUGCCUACUGGCAAGGCUGUCGAUUCUAAGAAACGGAAAGUGACUGUCACUGGCGAUAACUGGAUGCUUGAACAUGCCCGAGAAGCUAGCCAUUACAACUCAAUACUUUCGAACGUACGUCGCGAAAACCUUGGAGGUGUGUACGAUAUUCAUACAAAUGCUAUGCAAUACCCCAAAAUCAUGCAGCCCUCACACGCUCGUUGGGAGCGUCUACCACCUCCGGAUCCUCGAGUAGCGACCAAGUUGACCAAGGAAAUGUCGACUUUGAGUCUCACCAAUGGAGCUGAAGAGGAGGAACCAACUACUGAAAGUGACGCUCAAGAUGAGAAGACCGCCGAGGAAACGAGCAACAAAACGAGCAACGACUCUAUUUUCUCAACAAUUCCCUAUGCGUUUUCUCGUCGUUUCGCCAUCCACGAUGUUCAUUACGAAAGCCCACCGUAUUCCAAUAUGGGCAUUCCCGGGCCUGACGGUGACGUGCAUGAUCUCGGCUCAAACGGUAUCAUCAGCACUGCAAAUCUAUCAUAUCCUGAAUUCGUGAGUCCCGAAAUUCUGGCAGAACUACCUGCGGACUGCAAGGAAGCUCUUGUCGAGGCCGCUGCGCGCGAGUGGGAAUGGAAGUCCAUGUGGCAUAGUGAGGUGGGCGACGGUGCUCGCACGACCCCGCUCAAGAGUUAUGCCUGGUUUCCCUGACCUGGUCGUGGUCUUCCGGCUUGUCGAUUAAAUCCUUGAAGGACGGCCUCGGGACGUGCUGUUUAAUUUCUUUCUAUGUAUGACACGUUGUGCUUGGGUUGGACCGGUUUUUAUGGUUGGCAUGAGAAAAUGGGAGUUCUUCUGCGUUUGCUUCGGCGGUGUAUUAUGUUCCAAUGUUUUUUCAAUUAAUGUCUCUUCCCCGAUACCUCAGAGACAGUCGCAGGCAGGCUUGCCUUUAUAUGGAUGUCAUCUUAAUGGCAGGUUAGACAAUUCAAUCAAUUUUUUUCCAAGUGGCA